AUGUCCGAGAAGAUACAGGAGGAAAUCCUAGGGCUAAUAAACAAAUCUAGCUUCAAACAAUGCUAUAUACGACUGGCACAAUUGCAAAAACAAUUCCCUAACGCAUUGUAUUUCAAGAUUCUCGAAACUUAUGUUAAGUUUAAGCAAUCGCCUAGUAAGUUCGACUACAUUAAGCUAUUGGAUGAGCCUUUCGGGCUAAAUGGAACAAAAAUCACGGGUGACACUCGUUCCUUGGAGUUUUUGCACAACUUCUUUGUAGAACUGGGGAAGUACGACGAAGCCUUACACGUGUAUGAAAGAGGCAACUUUAAAUUCCCUAGUUACGAAUUGUCGUACCAUUGGUUUUCAAAAGCUUUGGAAGAUUCGAAUUAUAACCAAAUGAGCAAAGCAUCCCUUCAACUAGCCAAGUAUUGCGAUAGCGGGAACCUGCCUAAAAGAGUAUACUACUUUUGGAAUGCCAUUUCAACUUUAGCCGUAGUAAGAUUCCAGGAAAGCACUCUUCCUGAACCAAAAAAAAUUAUUUUGGCCAGGCUGGCACGUCAGUCUUUGUUAGACUUGAAACCGUUCGAGAAUGUACAAGAAAUCAUCGCUUAUUGUCUGGUAUUGGAUGAACUGUUUCCUCAAUCUAAGGAUAUCUCGGAAGAGAUUGUUGAAAUAGCUUUUGUUAAUUUUGAUACUUCAGUAAACCUGUAUUUGAAAAACUUUAUCCUGAAGCACGCCAAAUUGUUGAAUUCCCCGCAAAAGCUUUUUGAAGUUUGUUCGAAACUUAUUGAAAAAGGUCUUGAUGAUUAUGAAUUAAUUAUAAAUUUGAUUGACGCGAGCUACAAACUUUCUACACCUCAAGAGGAGGUUAAACAUUGGAUUGAUAAAAAUUUGGGCGAUUCAAGGAAUACUCGAUUGGCACGAUUGAAAAUUGAUAUAGUGUACACUAGUUCUGUUUCAGAGUCAUCUUUGUCGUAUUAUCUAUCAAAGUACCAUAAUAAACCUUGCUGCUCAAUUGAUUUGAAUCAUUACGCUGGCUACAUAAAUACAGAUAUGUUUAAAAACGUUAUGGCCAAGUACGAUCCGGAUGAUAAGGAUUUGAUUCAUCAUUGUAAUAUUUUAGAAUUAAAACUGGUUGAAUGUGAUUCAGUUACUGACUACAUCAAGUUUAGUGAAACCUUGUCAAAAAAAUCGAUAACCGAUUAUUCAUCCUGCUCUAAAUUCGUAUUAGAAAUAGUGAAGAAUAUAUGCCAAGAAACUAAUCCCGAUUUGAAGGAUAUUCUUUUAUGUAUAACAAUAUUGGAAAAAUACCAAAUCAAGGACCCUCAUAACUUUGGCACUAUGUGUUGGCUAGUUGUUUUAUACAUGUAUCUAGGCUUAGUCCCCGAUGCUUAUUUCCAUUUUUCCAAUCUAAAAAUCAAAAAUGUUCAAACAGAUUCCAUGGAUUACAUGAUAUUUACAAGGUUUUCUACUUUAUUUCCUAACAAACAAAGUGAAUUUUAUUCCAAAACUUUCCAUGAACAUAAUAAUUUAUAUGAUGUAUCUCUGGCUAAUAUACCAAAAUAUAUCCAGGUAGCAUUUGAAAGAAAUUCAUAUAGCAAAAUAUUAGGCAUGUUGGAGAUGAGGGAUAAACUAAUGAAAUCUUAUACCAGAUGGAUCAAAACUUUAGAAAACUUACAGUUCUCACGUUUAUGCAACGACAAACGCGGCAAUCUACUGCAAAAAUUACAUGGAGAUUGGCGGUCUUUAGAAAUGACGGAAAACCUAUCAUUUUCGGAUAAUAGAGAUUUUUCGAUACUAGAUAAUAACAUUGCUCGAUUUCUCAACCGUGAUGGAAUUUUAGAAUAUGUUAAUUUGAAUGAGAACUCGAUUUUGUUAGCCUUGACUAGAGAACUUAUUAUCGAAGCUUUGCCAAAUGGAGAGAAAACAGAACAAGUAAGCGCACUUCUAGAAAAACUUCCAUCAGAUAACUUUGAAGAACAUUUGAAUAAUAACCUGACCGAAGUGGAAUCAAUGUCAUUUCAGAUUUUUUUCGAAAUUUACGAAAAUAACGGCAAGGAGCUGGGCAAUUUAAUUUCUAAGUUAAUGGAAAUUCCAAUAAAUACAAAAAAAAAUUGGAAGAUAUCUCAUACUUAUCUCACCAAAAUAGCAACUUUAAAAACUCUGGACAGUUUAAAAAGGAUCAAGGAUAAAGAAGUUCAAAAAUUAAUCAAGAAUUCCCUUAAGGAGUUAAGAGGCUGUUGCGAUGAUAUUUUCAAAGAAUACUCAAAUACUUUAGUCCAAGCGUUUGAAGAAUUACACAAUGGCAAAUAUAGCAGCUUAUUAAAAGAGCUUGGUUCUAAACCUGAAAGUAUUAAAAAUAUAAAAAAUUCAUUAUUAAGCAUCCAAAAGAAUGUGAGAAAUCUAUAA